GUCGACCACUUGCAGGCCAAGGUCAAUGCUGAUCAAAGGGGCUUCAAGCGGAAGUUUGCAUCGACCAAAGUGCUCCUUCGAAAGGACGAAUGGAAUGCUCUGGAAAAAAGCCUCGACUCGUCACUGUAUCUUUUGUCGAUAACACAGACACAGUACUUGGGCAAUGUCAACCUUUUGCACGACCUUCAUACAAGAGCAGCCAAGAUCAACGAAAAUUCCAGGUCAAUCACUGAUUGGGAACAGCGAUUCAUUCGAGGUGGACGAAGAAAAACAAAACAUAAUCAAAAGGAGAAAGCCCAGUUAUGCUCACUCUACUGUAGCAAACGCCGUUGACAUGCCAUACUCAAACUCUUUUUUACCCACCUUCCGCUUUGGCUUUGGUGCCAACUCCAGUUUCCAAUUCUCUGUUCUCACGCCAACUUGGCUCAGUGGAACUUUGUACUCAAUAGUAGCACAAAGGAGCAUCCAAGGGUGGCAGUUGAAUCUAAGAGCGUAUGAAUUGACUGAAGAUUUUCCCGGAGAAUUGUAUGUCUGUGUUGAAAGGGACGAUUAUCUUGGCUUCUUUCGAUGCUUGGAUGAGAAUAAAAUCACUCUCCAUAUACGCGAUCGGGACGGUAUGAGUUUGCUUCAGUUUUGUGUGAUAUUCCAGGCUUUCACAACGACAAAACUGCUUCUAGAACGAGGUCUUGGUAGCUACGUAAGCGAGCCAGUCAGCACAAGAACUAGUAUGCCUCUCUUACUUAGUGAUUUGCCUGUGUUGAACGUUCCCGGCUCCAGACCUCGAGACCUUCAGUUCCUCGAGCUUUUCGCAGAUCACGGUCUAGACGAUGUUCUCGACCAUGCGGACAAAAUCGGGGUUCUACUCGGGCAAGGUGCCAGUUACCCUGCUUUUCGGGCUUUUCUCAACCGUAAUGAUUUCGGUUAUGCUUUAUUACCUAUCAGGACAAGACUUUGGGGCCUGAGGGGCCUCGCAGAGAGCGGUAGCUACUGGAGCCCAGAUGAGAUCAAACAGAUCAUCCCGGAGACUGAAGAGCUCACUGAUGAAAUUAUCAAGCUUUCUGUGGAGGAAGAACAUUCACUUCUUCAUUCAUUUACCUUGUUAUUCUCACGAAAAUUGAAAAUAUGGGUGAAUCGCCCGGAUGGUGAGCAAAGGCUUGAGGAGAAGAAGCAGUGGAGCAAACUCAUCGACUCAUGUAUUCGCCAAGAUUCUAUAAGCUUGUAUCGCCUCGAGCCUACUUGGUUCUAUGACUAUGGAUUCAUCGAAUCCUCUCCAUUAUUUUCUUUUCUGUGGUCUUUUCUCGACUCAGGAAUCUACUCACGUCCGAAACUCUUUGGGCAGCAAAAUGCUAGACGGCUUGCGACAGGGUUGGGGUCAGUAUUCACCGCUUGGAUCGCGAUGUUGGCCGAUUGCGGCGUUGACCUUCUGAGUUAUGGACGCCAGGAGAGACAACUAUGCGAUGAGGGUUCCACGUGGUAUAGACGACGAUGCGUGCGGUGGGUAUGUUUGUCAGGAAUAGUUCGGCUCUCCCUCCUUGGUUUUACCUAUGGCUCUCGGCCGGAGCAGUGGAAACUCUGGUGGACUUGGGAGUACGAAGAUUAUGCAGGGGAAUUCUGGGAUUUGAUCGAAAAUCAGGAUUUCAAGAUGCCAGGGGGCUGGGUGGACGAACCUUGGGAUCACGAUGAUUUUAGACGGGAAGAAAGGCGCAGAGGAGAUAUGUGGCUGGAGAAUGAAAGCACGCUGUUGAUUUGGUCCGAGUAUCGCAAGAUUCGGCCCCCGGUCUAGCCACUAUCUUCAGUUUGCGGCACUUUAAUCAAUAGCAGUAGACAGUUAUUACCUUCGUAAUUCUACACCGUCGCUCAACUUGGGCCGCAUCGUAUCGUCAUCUACAAUGGUCACAUCAACUCCAGAACCAACUAAAUGGCCAUUUCGAGAGCUUUUCGUUUAAGACACAGUCAAUUGCGGGGACGCAAACUGCAUCUCCCCCGAGUGGCACAUCAGGAUCCUGUUGAUUGGAUUGCUAGUCCGGCCGCCCCUCGAGCCCCGGCCUUGAGUGGCCACAACCCAUGCAACAACAUGCAGUUUGCCGCCGAGACUCCAGGCCCGUCCCGUCCGCGAUACUGUGCCACAGGGCUGUGUAACAGGGGUCGAUGGGCCGAUUCUUCAGGUAUUCUUAAUCGCUCUUGGACAUUCUAG